UUCAAAAUGGCGGGAAAAUCAGCCAUUUCUCUCUAGGGUUCUGUUGUGUUUGGGUUUUGACUUCAGACUGAGUUCGUCACGAGCACUGUCGGGAGAGCGAAGAAGAAGUAAUUUCCCCUCCGGCAAGGGGAGGUAGAACAAACAUGCCGACUUACAAGAUCAGGGGAAUCGAUGUGGAUUUCCCUUACGAGGCAUACGAUUGCCAGCUCGUUUACAUGGAGAAAGUGAUCGAGUCUCUCCAAAAUAAAUGCAAUGCACUGUUGGAGAGUCCUACCGGAACUGGGAAGACCCUGUGCCUUCUCUGUGCUACAUUGGCAUGGAGGAAGAGUCUAGGUGGAUUUUCUACUGGGAAGUCUGAGAGGAAUAGUCAGAGUGUGGUUGGGACGCCCUCAUCCCAGUCCAGCGGUAGCAGUCUUCCUACGAUAGUGUAUACUUCACGAACUCACAGCCAGCUCCGUCAAGUGAUCCAAGAGUUGAAGACGAGCAGCUACAGGCCGAAAAUGGUGAUAUUAGGGUCUCGAGAACAGUUGUGCAUUCAUGAGGAAGUUCGUACACUGCGUGGAAAAGCACAGUCAAACGCUUGCCGGUUCCUUUGCAGAAAGAGUGCAAAGCGUCAGUGUGCUCAUUUCUCUCAAACAUCUGCUUAUGUAAAGCAGAAUCCCCAUCUCGGAGAUGAACCAGUUGACAUAGAGGAUUUGUUAAAAAUUGGGCAACAAUUUGGACCGUGCCCAUACUAUAUAUCAAGGGAACUCAGUAAAGUGGUUGACAUAUUAUUUGCACCUUAUAAUUAUCUGAUUGAUCCUAGCUAUAGGAAAUCUCUUGGGAUUGAUUGGGACAGCAGUGUCCUAAUAUUCGAUGAAGCUCACAACCUGGAAGGCAUAUGUGCUGAUGCUGCUUCAUUUGACCUGCCUGCUGGGCUUCUGACGGCUUGCAUUUCCGAGGCGCAAUCCUGCAUUGAUCUUUCUAUCACAAGAAGGGAUACAUCAAGUGAUAAAUCACAAAAUCCCGAGAACUAUGCCAUUCUUAAAGGUUUCAAUCCCGCAGCAUUGCUUCUGAAGCUUGAGAAGGGGAUAGCUGAUGUACCUAUUGAAUCCAGUGAAUUGGGAUUCACCAGGCCUGGGCCCUACAUCUAUGAAUUACUUGCUAAUCUGAAUCUCACGCAUGACACUGCAACCAAGCUCAUUGAUAUAAUUGAGGAGGCUGCUGUGCUUCUGGAGGAAGACAAACAGCAGAAAUCACAAGGCACUGUCUGUCGGCUUGAAAGUAUUGCUGACAUCCUUAAACUAAUUUUUAAAGAUAAAAAUAAUGCCCAUGCAACCUUUUACCGCAUCAUGGGUAAUAAACUACAUACGUUGUUGGUGUUUUGUAAUGUAGGUAAAGCACCGAGAACUCUUAGCUGGUGGUGCUUUAAUCCAGGCAUUGCCAUGGAAGAAUUCUCCAAGAGGGGAGUUGGCUCCAUUAUUUUGACUUCUGGAACACUAUCACCUAUGGAGUCAUUUGCUCAAGAGUUGAGAUUGAAUUUUCCUGUUCGGUUGGAGAACCCUCAUGUCAUAUCCUCAAAUCAGAUCUGGGCAGGGGUUGUUGGGGUUGGCCCAUCAGGGCAUUCUUUCAACUCUUCCUACAGAAAUCGUGAUUCUGUAGAAUAUAAGAGAGAGCUAGGAAAUGCCAUUGUUAAUUUUGCUCGGAUUGUACCUGAUGGGCUUCUUGUAUUCUUUCCCUCAUACUACGUUCUGGACAAAUCCAUUGAGUGCUGGAAGAGCGUGUUACUGCAGGAUAAUACUAGUUCAACAACAAUAUGGGAAAGAAUCUCCAGGUACAAGAAGCCUGUUAUAGAACCUAGACAAUCAUCUCUUUUCCCAUCGGCAAUUCAGGAUUAUAUGGCUAAAUUGAAGGACACCUCAAGUUCUGGAGCAGUGUUUUUUGCUGUUUGUCGUGGCAAGGUAAGUGAAGGACUGGAUUUUGCAGAUCAAACUGGGAGGGCUGUAAUAAUUACAGGAGUUCCUUUUCCCAUGAGGACUGACCCCAAGGUUCGUUUGAAGCGAGAAUUUUUGGAUCAACAAGCAGCAUCCUCAAGGGACAACAACAAGAUUCUAACUGGGGAAGGCUGGUACGGCCAGCAAGCAUCACGGGCUGUGAAUCAGGCUGUUGGACGUGUAAUUCGCCAUCGACAUGAUUAUGGAGCGAUCAUAUUCUGUGAUGAAAGGUUCUCAAAUGCAAAUCAGCAGUCACAGAUUUCACUUUGGAUUAGGCCUCAUCUUAAGUGUCAUUCUAGAUUCGGAGAUGUCAUUUUCACAUUGAGUCGUUUUUUCCGCGAUGGAGUAUUUAGUAGUUCAACGAUGCUGAAGUCUACGGAAAAAGUCACACAGAUGUCGCAGCAGGUGGAAAAAGUUCAGACAAUGCCUACAGAUGAGAAGGCUGCCAAAAUAUCGUCAAUGCUUCCUUUUCUUCAAGAUAAAAGCUUCAGUGAUUCAAGCAAAUUAAAGGAGAUUCUUCCAGCUAAUUGUGCAUCUCUUAAUCCUCCCAAAAAUAACCAUGACUUCAUAUUGAAGUAUUCCAAAGGUCUAAUAUCAAAAGAGAAACCAGUGCUUGUUCUGGGGGGAACUUCAACACAACGCGAAAAACAGGAGAUGGUCAACUUGAUUGGUGGAUCCUCUGGUAGGGUAAUCCCUAGUGGUGAGGGACUGCUGCCAUGUUCUGCUAAAAAGCGUAAGGUGUCAAAAGGAGAGCUUAGUGAAGAUAUUAAGCAGAAGUUUAUAGAUGAAAAACGAGAAUCAAAUAAGUUUGCACCCCAAGAGAGAGUUAUCUCUGAUUAUAGAACCCAGCAACAUUCUAGUUCACCUGGGUUCCCUCAGAUGGGGAAGACCGAUGUUCAUGCCUCAAAGAGUAAUGCAGCUCAUUCUAACUCGUUGCACACUGGAGACAAGGAAACAAAAGGAUCUGAAUUUCUAAGUCAGGUAAAGGAAAAACUUACUGCCCCAGAAUAUGCUGAAUUUGUCAGUUUUAUGAAAGCGCUGAAAUCCAAAGCCAUGACAAUAGGCCAUGUGCUACAAUCUAUCAUCAACUUAUUCAGAGGGCCAGAGAGGGCCCAAUUGCUUGAAAGAUUCAGAGAUUUUGUCCCUUCAAAGUAUCGUUCUUUGUAUGAGCAGUACGUCGGAGCAAAAGAUCAACUACCCUAUAACCAAACAUGAUCGAAGGACGGUGUAAAGUGCAGAACUGUAACAGCGCCAAGUACAUAGACUUCUUGGGAUGCACUCUAAUCAGACUGUACUGGAGGUAUGGCAUCUUCCUCCUGGCAUCACCAACAAGUACAGAUAUCUGCCCGGUAUCGAUGGACUUUCAAUCAUCGCCUUUCUCCAGAAGGUCUUAGCAUUUCGGUCUUAACAAUAUACCAGCAUCGAUGAUACAGAUUUGUAUAGUACACUCUGGUUUUAUUAGUGGGAAGAUUGCAUAUGCGAUUGUCGAAAACAAACCUUCAAAAUAUUUGUGAAUAUAUUGUCAAUGUAGAGUUGGAUUUUUGCGGGGUUCAUGUUUCUCUAGUUAGCAGUGAAAAAACAAAAGGGUUGUUUCGAGGUUGAGAUUCUCCAGAUUGAAGUAUUUAAUCAAUUUGCGUAUUGUAAUUUGAUGUAUUAAUGAAAUGUAUGAAUUUGAAAAAUACAUUGUGUGGAGG